GGGGCCUGCUUGGCCAAGAAGAAGACAAAGGUGGCCAAGAAGACCUGUGAUCCCCUGUACCAGCAGGCUCUGCUCUUUGACGAGGGGCCCCAGGGCAAGGUGCUGCAGGUUCCUGGACUCCAGCAGCUGGUUCUGGUGUCCUGCUUUUCUCUUCAUCCCUAGCUGGCCCACCCUCUGCACCCUCAGCUCAGGUGCACAUGGCCUCCAGAGGCAGCAGACCCAAGCCCCAGAGCAUUCCACUCAGCUUGGAGGGAAUCCAACAGAACCAGCGGAUGUGGUUGGUGAAGCUUCCUAAAUACCUGUCACAGCAGUGGUCUGAAGCUUCUGGAAGCGGUGAAGUAGGGAAGCUGCAGAUUGCCAAAAGGGGAAAGUCUGAAAUCUCAUUUAUCUUGAAUAAGGAACUUACAGACAUUCGGGGUACAGAUGGACAACCUGCCCCAGUCAUUGCUCCCAGGGAGCAUCAGCUUGUCUUGCAGGGGGUCAGAGGGCAGGUCCUCACAGUGCUGACUGAGCGUGCACCGGAUCAGCUCUCCCUGGAAGGAACGGUGGUACAUCGGGGAGAAUGCAGACCUGCUCUGAGUGAAAACUACAUGAGGCUGAAGAGAAAGCAAAUAGAGGAGUCUUCCAAACCUGCCAGAACCGUACAGAAACUGGAGAAGGUAGUCACGACCAAUUAUAAACCUGUUGCCAAUCAUCAGUACAAUAUUGAAUAUGAGAAGAAAAAGAAAGAAAAUGGAAAGAGAGUGAAGGCUGAUAAAGACCAAGUUUUAACCUUGCUAUUUGUUGCCUUUGAGAAACACCAGUAUUAUAACAUAAAGGACUUGGUUGGCAUCACUAUGCAACCUGUGGCGUACCUGAAGGAAAUCUUGAAUGAAAUCGGUGUUCAGAAUGUAAAAGGGCCCCACAAAAACACAUGGGAGCUAAAAGCAGAGUACCGGUAUUGUCCGGCAGCAGCUAAGAGUGAGCGAGACAGCCCUUUGUCAAGAAGCGUCAACAUGAGCGGGACAAUCUUCCGACGCUAAAAGUGAUGUGAAGCUGUGUUAUUGCUAAGAGAUAGGGCGAUUAAAUAUCUUUUUAAGUAUUCACGUUUAGAUUGUAA